UCCCGGUUGAAUAAAACGAGCUGCGGCGCUCGCUAACCUUCUUUUCACUUGAGCAAAGAAGAUUCGUUCGGAUCAUGUCAAGCGGCGCUGAAGAUUUUACCAGCUCUAGAGAUGGAGACCAGGGGGGUCCUGAGGGAAUGGAGCCUGAUGGUGUUAUUGAGAGCAACUGGAAUGAAAUUACCGAUAAUUUCGAUGACAUGAACCUGAAGGAGGCCCUUUUGAGGGGAAUAUAUGCCUACGGUUUUGAGAAACCAUCAGCCAUUCAGCAGAGGGCAAUCAUUCCGUGCAUCAAAGGCUAUGAUGUCAUUGCACAGGCCCAGUCAGGAACUGGCAAGACUGCCACAUUUGCCAUUUCUAUCCUUCAGCAGCUGGACUUGGAACAGCUAGGGACCCAAGCACUGGUGCUGGCUCCAACCAGAGAGCUGGCUCAACAGAUUCAAAAAGUCAUGCUGGCUCUGGGUGAUUACUUGGGUGCAACGUGCCAUGCUUGCAUUGGGGGCACGAACGUGAGAAGCGAUAUGCAGAAGCUGCAGGUCGAACCUCCCCACAUAGUGGUUGGAACCCCGGGGCGAGUGUUUGACAUGAUCAGCAGGAGGUCCCUUUCUCCUAAGUGCAUCAAGAUGUUUGUCUUGGAUGAGGCUGAUGAAAUGUUGAGUCGAGGAUUCAAGGAUCAAAUCUAUGAGAUUUUCCAAAAAUUGCUCCCCAACAUCCAGGUUGUGCUCCUCUCUGCUACGAUGCCGGCCGACGUGUUGGAAGUGACCAAAAAGUUUAUGCGGCAACCAAUUCGCAUCCUCGUGAAAAAAGAGGAGCUUACUUUGGAGGGCAUCAAGCAGUUCUACAUCAAUGUGGAACGGGAGGAAUGGAAGUUGGAUACGCUCUGUGACCUGUACGAGACUCUGACAAUCACCCAGGCUGUCAUUUUCUUGAACACAAGAAGAAAAGUAGACUGGUUAACUGAGAAAAUGCAUGCUAGGGACUUCACUGUCUCAGCCAUGCAUGGGGACAUGGACCAGAAGGAGCGAGAUGUGAUCAUGCGUGAAUUUAGGUCAGGAUCUAGCAGAGUGUUGAUCACUACAGACUUGCUGGCCCGUGGAAUUGAUGUGCAGCAAGUAUCACUGGUCAUAAACUAUGAUCUUCCCACAAAUCGGGAAAACUACAUCCACAGAAUCGGGAGAGGUGGCCGUUUCGGCAGGAAAGGAGUCGCCCUCAACUUCGUCACUGAGGAGGACAAGAGGAUCCUCCGGGACAUUGAGACCUUUUACAACACAACCGUUGAGGAGAUGCCGAUGAACGUGGCUGAUCUGAUUUGACCCUUUGGGAUGAGACCUCACACAGCGCUCGCGGUCAUCAAAAAUGAAUGGCGUGCCUUGUGGUUAUUUUAUUGGGAAAUAUUGAAUCUCAUCCAAAUUUCGAUCCACUUUGUGCAUUUGGAUAUUUGAUUUAUUAAACAAGAGUUGAGUCCACUCGGUGGACAAGUGUGUAGGCUCAAUUUUAUUUUAGUGAUACUGGGAGUGGGAUUACAAAGAUAUGGGGUCUUUACCAUUUUUCUUUAUUCAGUAUUUAUUUCCUAGCUCAAUAAAGAUGUGUGUGUUAGAUGUACUGUACCAUUUGAUAAUUUACUUAUGGACUAAAAGAUACAAGUGCUGUAUUAAGGCUGCCAACUAUGUUAAACUAGCAUACUUGGCCAGAUGAGAUUUAGUGAUCCAAACCUUCCAUAUUAAUGCACUUUCUACUUUAGUUUAUUUUGUGGGAUGUAUUUAACUAUUUAAUCAUAUUUUAUACAUUUAAAUGUUGACUACCUGAACAGUUAAAUUGAUUUAAUUGUAUUUGACUGCUUUCAGAAUAAAAUUAAUGUAAGGGUACUUAGUUUUGUCUUUUUUUGAGUGAAACUGGCAUCUCGACGUCUGUUCUACUUAAAACCAGAUAUGUUUUGGUUAUUUUUAUUUAAUGCUUUUGCAUGGAGUGCUGAAUUAAUGUGGCUGAAAAUAAAAUCUCAUUGCCCUCUGGGUUUUGGCAAA